AGAAAAAUCCACAGCCGAGUGUUUAUUCGUGGAGCUGCAGGCGAUGUAGGGGGAAAGAAACUGCGACCACUUAUUUUAAAUCACUCUCCCAACAAUAACUUCACCACCCAGCUCCCGCUUGUCCUGCCCUCCAGGGUGAACACCGCUGCAACAUGGACGGCUUUUAUGAUCAGCAGGUUCCCUUUAUGGUUCCCGAGAGUAAAUGCCACACAGAGGAGGAGAGGAGUCUCGGCGACAGGCGGAGGAGGUUCUUGGACACAGAGCUGGCUCAGGACACAGAAGAGCUUUUUCAGGAUCUGAUCCAGCUCCAGGAAAUAUGGAUUGCAGAAGCUCAGGUUCCUGAUGACGAGCAGUUUGUCCCAGAUUUCCAGUCCAAUAACUUGAUGCUUCAUGGACCGCCUGUCAGCAAAGUGAAGCGGGAGCCCAGUCCAUCCAAAGAUUUGUCCCCCUGUGGGACCCCCCAGACUGAUAUGUGCCUUUACAGUUACAGUGCCUGUGAAAACAAACCGGGUCCAGCCAAUGCACCUGCAACACAGUGUAGCGCCAUCCACCCUGCGGGACCUCCACCCUUACGGAGGCAGCUGCAGCCUUCCCCACCUCAAAUGAGCAGCCGAGCUCCAACUUCCAACCCCUUCCACCGCCAAAACGUCCCACAGGCCAACCAAAACCAGCAGUUUGCGCUGCGGCAUACCCCCAUCGGCUGCUCGGCGGCGGCUUUCAACACAGACCAAAGGUUCCACCGGCAGCUGUCUGAUCCCUGCCUGCCCUUCCUGCCUCCAGAGAAAACCCCGAACCCGCCGUACCACCCCUCCAGUUGCGACGGCCGGCCUCUGUACCAGCGCCACCUGUCGGAACCCGUCGUCCCCCUCCCUCCCCGCGGUUUCAAGCAGGAGCUGGUGGACCCGCGCUAUCCUGACCCGGGACCGGCUGGUCCAAGUCUGGCCCCGCCCCAAGCCAACUUCAACCACGUCAAAAUCAAGCAAGAGCCAAGAGACUACAGCUUUGAACCUGAGGUUCAAACCUGCCAGUCGACAUUUGGAAAGUCUCCAGUUCUAUUUCAGAAAAACAUUGCUGGAUUUGGUUCUGACAGAGAGCCUCUUCGGUACUUUGAUGACACCUGUGUCGUACCAGAAAGAUUGGAAGGGAAAGUGAAGCAGGAAGGUUUGCCGUACCAGCGCCGCGGCUCCCUGCAGCUCUGGCAGUUCUUGCUCACGCUGCUGGACAAUCCGGCAAACAGACACCUGAUCGUGUGGACAGGACGCAACAUGGAGUUCAAACUGAUCGAUCCAGAAGAGGUGGCUCGCCUUUGGGGCAUCCAGAAAAAUCGGCCAGCCAUGAAUUAUGACAAGCUGAGCCGCUCGCUGCGGUACUACUACGAAAAAGGCAUCAUGCAGAAGGUAAAGGUUGCCGGGGAAAGGUACGUCUACAAAUUCGUGUGCAACCCCGACGCGUUGUUCUCCAUGGCAUUCCCAGAAAACCACAGGCCGAGUUUGAAAGCCGACCUGGACGCCAUCUUGCCUCCCAGCGAGGAGGACGGCUUCCCCCUGCCCAGCUACGAGGAGGAGGGUCCGUACCUAAUGGACGGAGGGGAGCAGUGCGUCCAGGGACUGGCUUUCCCCGACAGCUACCCAUACUAGCAGCUGGAAGGGGGAAAAAAACACAAUAUUACUGUAUUUUACAAAACGAGGCAAAGCGUAAAAUUACUGAGCAACAUUUCAGAUAAGAAUUUAUUUUUUUUUGUCUUGACAAGAAGUUUUGUUUUUUAAAAAUUUCAAUGCAACCAGAAAAGCUGGAAGUUGGAGUCACUGAGACUGUUAAACUUGCUUCUUCAGCGAAGAAAACAAACUUUAGUUCCCAUUCAGAUGCCUGUGUUUAUAGGCACUUCAAGGAUAACUGUUUGAGCCGGCAUGGGAAAGGUUGCGUUUUUAGAGGAAAAGUCGGUCGUUUUUUAAUUGUUACACGUUGCUUUACGUUAUGCACAAAAUAACUGCAAGAAAUCUUAACAUUGAAGAGGAAAACGCUGACUAGAAGAUGUCUCAACGUUUAAAGAUAUGGUUUUAAUUUUAUACAAAAGAAUUGCAAGUUUUGCCCCAUAAACAAAUAUUCAGUGGCGGUUCUUGAUUACUCAGUGGGCCAGCAUGCAUGCAUUCAUUGUCAUUGUGUUUUUUUUGUUCUCAAAUAGAAUAUUACUUGACUUUCAGAAAUCAUUUUAAAUAAUGUCAUCAGUAUUUCACUUUUCAGUUAAACUUUGUAUAUACUGCGGUUUUCACGCUUGUCUCAAUCUCAAACGUCAGCAGUUUUUUUUUGUGUGUUUUUUUUUACUCUUCUCUAACUGUCGCAGCACUAAGUUGGUUGAGGGCACAGUGGACUUAAUUUUAUUUUUGUUGCUGUUGCCUCCCCCUAAUAGAUUGACACCCCGCAUGGUAAGCCACAUUUUUCAUAUCAAAAGCCGCCACUGCUGCUAAGGAAUCGGAACAAGUAAGGUCAGAUUCUGGGAAAGAACGUUCUUUUAGCAAUUUCUCUUGAUUACAUAACUGAAGCUGUAACUCUACGGCUAAUGUCUGUAGCAUUUUCUUCUAAAGUGGCAUCUGCACUUAAGCACAGAUAUGCAGUGUUUUGUCCCUCGCAAACCUUGUCAUCAACUUUUUCUUAGUGUUUCAGUUGCAGCUUUUUCUUUUUCGUCGGUUUCUCAGUCCGUCUUUUUUUUCGAUGGUGGUAAUUUUGUAGCAUGGCCACCGCUUUUGUUCUCAAAUUUGUAAACUCUGGGACCCGUUUGGCAGCCAAAAACAAGAACCUUGAAGCCAUGGCACUCCUUUUGUUAAUUUAGUAAGCAUAUUACCCAGACUGCUCGAAAGGGAUGCUCUUGUAUUUUCUGGACCGUAUAAUCCUGAAACAUCUAUGUUGAAAAUGUCUUUUUGUGUACAUUUUUUUCCCCUUGGGUUUUAAAGCUAAUAUUUUUAGCAUUAUAUGGACUUGUAUGUAUUUCCUAUAACGGCUUAUGAUGAAAGUAUUGCUUCUAUUUUUUUGGAUUCUGUACGACUGCCACUCUUAUGCUUAUGAAAGGCAUGUUUUUUUUUCUUCAAAACGCCUCACCACUUAAUGUACCGAGAUAGGUUUCUGCAUUUUUGUAUAAUUUGUUUGCUUCAGUGUGUAGAGAAAAAAAAAGUGUAUAAUUAUAUAUGGAUAUAUUUUUGCAAAAGGCUGUAUUUGCUUGCAAAUAUGUUGCAUCAGCUCUCCAAGGAGGAAGAACUCUCUGAAUCCUUCAGGCAGAAGAUGUUCCUCAUAUAUUUUACUAUAGAUCCUGACGCUGGUGUGACUUUUACCCUCAGAUACUGUAUGUGUGCCUUCUGUUUAUCUCUACUGAUAAAAUAAACUAUUUUACUCUUUUA